UGUAACUGCACGACGUGCGAAAAGACGGGCUAUGAAUGUGAGACGGAUGGCGCCUGCAUGGCCUCUACGUACAACAACAAGGGAGAGGAGCAACAUGUGCGCAUCUGCAUCAACAGGGAUGACCUGGUUCCGCCCGGGAAACCCUUUUUCUGUCUGAGCGCUGAGGGCCUACUCAACACUCACUGCUGCUACGUAGACUACUGCAACAGUAUUGACCUGAUAGUUCCCGGUAAGGCUCUGCUAGAUUAGCAUCGGCAUCCUGAAGACCUUUCAGGCUCAACUAGUUCCUGGGGUCCAGUGGAACUGGUGGCGGUCAUCGCGGGUCCUGUCUUUCUGCUCUGCGUGCUACUCAUGGUGGGCGUUUUCCUGUUCCAGUAUCAUCAGAGGGCCUACAGUCACAGGCAGAGGCUCGAGGUGGAGGACCCGUCCUGUGACCAUUUAUACUUGGCCAAGGACAAGACCUUGCAGGACCUCAUUUACGACAUGUCUACCUCUGGAUCAGGCUCUGGCCUGCCCCUGUUUGUGCAGCGGACUGUGGCCAGGACCAUCGUGCUGCAGGAAAUUAUAGGAAAGGGCCGCUUCGGCGAGGUCUGGCGAGGGAAGUGGCGCGGGGGCGACGUGGCGGUGAAGAUCUUCUCAUCAAGGGAGGAACGCUCCUGGUUUAGAGAAGCAGAGAUCUAUCAGACGAUAAUGCUUCGCCAUGAGAACAUACUGGGAUUCAUCGCAGCAGACAAUAAAGACAACGGCACGUGGACUCAGCUGUGGUUGGUGUCAGACUACCACGAGCACGGAUCCCUUUUUGACUACUUAAACCGCUACUCGGUCACCAUCGAGGGCAUGAUCAAGCUGGCGCUGUCGGCCGCUAGCGGUUUGGCACAUCUGCACAUGGAGAUCCUCGGUACUCAGGGCAAGCCCGGCAUCGCUCAUCGUGACCUCAAAUCCAAGAACAUCCUGGUGAAGAGAAACGGCAUGUGCGCUAUCGCUGACCUCGGCCUGGCCGUCCGCCACGAAUCCAUCACGGACACGAUCGAUAUUGCUCCGAACCAACGGGUGGGCACCAAACGGUACAUGGCUCCAGAAGUGUUGGACGAAACUAUCAACAUGAAGCACUUCGAUUCCUUCAAGUGUGCCGACAUCUACGCUCUGGGGCUGGUGUAUUGGGAGAUCGCGCGCCGCUGCAAUGCAGGAGGUAUCCAUGAGGAAUACCAGCUGCCCUACUAUGACCUGGUGCCCUCUGACCCCUCCAUAGAGGAGAUGAGGAAGGUGGUGUGUGACCAGAAGCUGCGACCCAACGUGCCCAACUGGUGGCAGAGCUACGAGUCACUGCGCGUGAUGGGUAAGAUCAUGCGAGAGUGCUGGUACGCCAACGGCGCGGCGCGGCUGACAGCGCUGCGCAUCAAGAAGACUCUGUCGCAGCUCAGCGUAGAGGAGGACAUCAAGAUGUGA